AACCCACAAUUCCAAUUCACAUUAAUUGAGGCAUCCAUUAUGCAAGUGCUAGUAGUGUUGACCACCACUGCACACUACCAUUAUCGAAGCGUCUAUUCUCAAUCAAAGAAUAAAGCAUGCCACUUUCCACCAACAAAAGAAAGCAACGCAUUUCAAACUCUAUCUUCCCUUCGAGUAAACUCCAAGCCUCCUCCCCUCCAUAUCAAAUCUUCCCCCUCCUCCUCUACCCAAAUCCCAAACCCCAUGUAUAUGCAAGCACUAAACCGAUACAGCUUCUCCUCCAUCGCCGUCGUCUCCUUCGCCUUGUGCCUCGCUGCAGAACUCAAGAAAACUAAGAAAGAUGAUCUCAUAUUGGAUGGAAAGCUGUGUUACUUGCCCAGAAGUUCGUCUUUCGAACUAGGAAUCGCAGCCGUAAUCUGUCUUAGUAUCACUCAAGUCGCCGGGAGUUUAUUCAUCUACAGAAAAUUCAGACCAAGGGAAAAGAGAGGCAAGUUCAUAGUGACACGCAGUUUGCUCCUUUUAUCCUGGAUUGGCUUCGGAGUUGCAGUGAUUCUAUUAAGUGCAGCAAGUAGCAUGAACCAGAAUCAAGCUUUUGGAGAAGGAUGGUUAGAUGGAGAGUGCUACCUAGUUAAGGAUGGAGUCUACGUUGGUUCAGCCAUACUUACCUUGGUGGCUCUGGGCUCAACCCUUGGCUCCGGAAUCGUAGCUGUAAGGCGAGACAAAGCUGAAGAAACACAAGGGUCCUUAGUUCAUGCAAAAGUUGAUAAAUGACAAGAUUAAACAAGAGCAAUACCUAACAUAACCAACGGCUGAUAUACUUUUGCUCACAAUAAUCCUUCUCAAGCAAGGUAAAGUGCAGCAUAGAGAUAUAUGUCAUACACAUAGACAAAAACCAAAUUGGUAUAUUUAUAUAUAUAUAUACUUGUAAUAGUAGGAGGUACGUGCAACUUUGCAAGUGCACAAUAAACAGCCAGCUAAAAAAGUCAAAGAUGUGAAUUAGAGAUGAAAGACAAUCAAUC